GAGGCGGUCAAACCUUGGCGCGUCCAAGUUUCGCGCCGAGGAACUCCUGGGGCAAUCUUCAGCAACUAACGACAGCCGCAUCGAAACAACUUCAGCGAGCUCCCAGGAUGGACGAUGGCCAGUUACAGGUCCAGAAAUGGAUCAGACAACAGAUCAUCUUUGAUCAAGCAACCAUAACCUAUCGAGACUUGGACCAGGAGGCAUCGUGUGGGAUCGACCGAGCUCGCCAACUGUUGGAGGAAUUCUGUGUUUCGGAGGACGGCAAGCGUCUGAAGGUUGAACCGACCUAUUUGAUCUUCGGAACCAAUAAGAAACUCGUGGGCGAUUCGGUCAAAACUUCCAAGGUCGAAAGGGCUCGAGCUCGUGAACUUGAAGAUUUGAAAUCCAAAUUUGACUCAGUCUCGUUUGUACAAAUCUAUAGCAUCAGUGCUACCCAAGCUCCCGAUCCAAACUUACUGAAGUCUUAUACAGAGGCACGGAUCAGCUUGAAACCCAAAUCUAAAAACUCAACAGAAUCUCAAAAGAAAGAGAGUCAAGGUACAAGUUCAGAACCGAAAAAGGAAUCGAAGAGCACAGGAUCCAAGAAGAAUGAAAUUGAGGCAGUGAAAAAACCACUGAUCGAGCGGACCCAAUCCAAGCCGAACAGUAAGAAGAAAGACGAUGUUGGUACGGUUGCCCCAAAUAAACCAACCAGUUCCGAACCAUCUCAGAAUAAACCCAUAGCUAAGAACCCACCGAAAACGGCGAAAGACAAGGGUCAGAAAGCCGAGACUGAUGACGAGAUUGUCGUCACCGUUCCCACUAAGCGCCCGGCUUCGGAGGUCGAUCAUCGGAAGAACUCGACUGAUAAGAAAUCAAGUACCGGAGCCGAAUCCUCAAAGACAUCAACGAAGGAGCCGAGCAAGGAAAAAGAAGAUCGGACUGAUACGGACACGAUUAUGGUCGACGACGAAGGAUCCAAAACAGCAGACCGAAAAAGAGUGACGAAGACGAGGAUAGUCCAGAAGAAGAAGAUCGUUCGGGUGAAGGACAAGAAGGGGUAUCGAGUGAAUCGGGAAGAGAUCGAAGAAGUGGAGGAAACUUAUACCGAUUGGGAAAGCGCUGAUGAUCAUUCUCCUGAAUCCCAAAACAAGAAAUCAAAGAAACCUAAGAUCUCUCGGAAUGCAAAGAAAGAUGAGAAGGAGAAGAUGAUUAAGGAGAAGGAGUCAAUGUCUACUACCACUGCUCCCUCUGUCGAUCAAUCCUCAGCUACUCAAUCGGCAUCUAAUCCUUCUGCUGCUAAAAACUCGUCUUCUACUCAUCAACCUUCUACUAAGAAAAAACCUCCAACAAGCAAACAAUCUAAAGAACAAUCUAAUAUAACAAGUUUUUUCAAAAAAGCAUAGUGAUCAAUACAAAAAGUUCUCAUUUGUUUGGCUUCUUUUGUGUUUGUUCACACAUGUUUG